AGGUUUAUUUGGUUAUGUAAAUAUCCUCACCAUGAAAAAGAUAUGAGCAGGCAAGCAGAAAGAAUAAAAGGUGGAGUGUGUGGAUCUAAGAUUUUGAUACUUCCGGUUAAUGAUCCCAAUACAUAUGAUCCUGGGCAUUUGUGGCAGAGAAGGGAUGGAGGAAACCAGGUCAGGAGUUAUAAAGUGAAGGAAUAGGAAGCACAUGUGUUGGAUCCUGAGACCAGUACUGGAAGUGGAGUAAAGGGAACCCUCUUAAAGAACUCACAGGGAUUCCCAGAUGGUAGGUAGAACUGCAAGAGAAAUAGGAAAGAAUCCAAUACUGGCAGAAAGGAAAAAUAAUCUUUUCUGGAAACCCACGGUGGACUAACCUCUUUGACACAGAUUAUCUCCUAGAAACCCCACUUUAGUCCUCUGAGAGUAGAUAUUAAUGUACCCUUUGCUAUGAAUGAGCAAACUGAGCUUUGAAAACCAAGGUCACUGUCCCCACGUGACAAAGCUGAGAUUGAAAGCAGUCAGAUUCAAACUAGGGUCUCCCUGACUCCACAAAUCAUCUUUUCUUUCACUAAACCCAGAAAGAUCACUGAAGCACCCUGAAAUACAAGCAGUUAUGGUAAAGAAAACAAGAUGACAAAAGAUAUUAAACCCAUUGGCUUCCAGCACUCAAAUUUUAUCACUGCUUCCAAACACGAGUUGAGACAGAACAGGGAGGAAUAACAGAUUGUGUCCCGUGCUAGCUUUAGUUAGGGAAUCUGUGUGAAGGAGGUUUUCUAGGGACUAUAAUCCAAAGAGUCCUUUUUCCACAAUGUCAGAAGCAAAAAAGUGGAAGAAAUACAAGCCACCUUUGCGUGGAGCUGCCUGUUAACUCUGCCACUUGGCCAAGUGAUUUAACUCCUAUCUCCAACCCCCUGCUUCCUAUAUAAUGGGUGUACUUACAGUACCGUUUUGGAAGGUUCCAUGUGAUAAAGCUUGCGAUGUGCUUAGAACAAUAUUGGACAUUUAAGCCCUCAAUAUAAUUGCCAUCACGAAUACGAUGGAGGUCUUUUUUAAAAAAAAAUAAUAAUGCAAUGUCACUUACUUGGAAGUGUCUCAAAAAAUGAGUGACGGAUAGAGGUGUAGCGUGAUAUGGUAUAGCAAAAUUUUAAUGACAGAAAGUUAAAACAGUUUAAAUGUUAAAGGUAAAAUGUUCGCCGCAAAAUUCUACUUUCUGCGUGUUUGAAAAUGUCCAUAAUCCAAUGUUGCAAAAAUAAUGCAUCGUGAUCUGCUUUGGGAGGAGGGAGAGCUAAGUUUUGUCUGUUUUUUUUUUUUUUUUUAAUCGAAAAGGUACAAAAAACGAAAACAAAAUGGGCGAAAUCUUCCUCAACUCUGUCCCGCCUUCGGACUGUGGGCCGUUAGCAAAGCCACUUGAAUGAAAUCAUCGAGGACCGCUUGCGAAACACCAAAUCCUCGAGAGCGAGGGCAAAGCUGCCAAACCCUCGCGACGGACAGGGACGCGCUCCAAGAUCCCCAUCCCGCUUCGGGGCCGAGGAGGUGGGGUUGGAGCGAGCACUAGCGGAAACGCGGUCCACCCCUUACCAGGGGGUUCCCGGCCCGCAGCCGCAGGACGCCCGAGCGCCUCAAGUAAAUACUUUGGCGGGGCGGGGAAGAGAAGCAUCGAAUUUCAAAAAAAAAAAAAAGCCCAAACCCCCACAACCCCGGGCGGGCGGGCGCGCGCGAUGGGCGCACUUUGGCUGCGGGAGCGAGUGGAGGAUGCUGGGAAGGAGGUAAAAUGGCCACCGGCGGCGGCGCGGAGGAGGAGAGGAAGCGGGGGCGGCCACAGCUCCUGGGCCCCGCGCGCCCGUCGACCAGGGCCGAGGAGGCCGAGGGCGGCCGCGAGAAGAUGGGCUGGGCCCAAGUGGUGAAGAACCUGGCCGAGAAGAAGGGCGAAUUCCGUGAGUCGCGGCCGCCGCGGCGGGAGGAAGAAAGCGGCAGCGGCGCGGGAGGCGGGCUUAGUGCUCCCGCGGGUCUGGCGGCGCCGAGCCUCGGCGACUUCCCCCCAGCCGGCCGCGGGGACCCGAAGGGCCGCCGGAGAGACCCAGCUGGAGAGGCGGCGGACUCCCGCAAGAAAAAGGGUGCAGCCGAGGCGGGCAGGAGGAAGAAGGCUGAGGCGGCAGCCAUGGCGACCCCGGCGAGGCCCGACGCGGCCGAGGACGCAGCCGACCGGCCCCCCCAGGACGAGCAGGCUACGGCGGCUGGCCCCGCUGCGGGCCCGGGAAAGGGCCGCUUCCUCGUGCGCAUCUGUUUCCAGGGAGACGAGGGCGCCUGCCCAACCAGGGACUUCGUAGUGGGCGCUCUCAUCCUGCGUUCCAUCGGUAUGGACCCGAGCGACAUCUACGCGGUCAUUCAGAUCCCGGGCAGUCGCGAGUUCGACGUGAGCUUCCGUUCGGCGGAGAAGCUAGCCCUGUUCCUGCGUGUCUACGAGGAGAAGCGCGAGCAGGAGGACUGCUGGGAGAACUUUGUGGUGCUGGGGCGGAGCAAGUCCAGCCUGAAGACGCUCUUCAUUCUCUUCCGGAACGAGACGGUGGACGUGGAGGACAUCGUGACCUGGCUCAAACGCCACUGCGAUGUGCUGGCCGUGCCCGUGAAAGUGACCGACAGGUUUGGGAUCUGGACCGGGGAGUACAAGUGCGAGAUUGAGCUGCGCCAGGGGGAGGGAGGGGUCAGGCACCUGCCGGGAGCCUUUUUCCUGGGGGCCGAGAGGGGCUACAGCUGGUACAAGGGGCAGCCCAAGACGUGCUUUAAAUGUGGUUCCCGGACCCACAUGAGCGGCAGCUGCACACAGGACAGGUGCUUCAGGUGCGGGGAGGAGGGGCACCUGAGCCCUUACUGCCGGAAGGGCAUCGUGUGUAACCUCUGUGGCAAGCGAGGACACGCCUUUGCCCAAUGUCCCAAAGCGGUUCACAAUUCCGUGGGAGCUCAGCUAACCGGCGUGGCCGGGCACUGAACACCCGCCUACCAGCCAGGGUGAACACAAAGCCAGCUUAGCCCUCUUAAGUGCCAAAACUUUUUUUUAAACCAUUUUUUAUAGUUUUUUGAAGGAGAUCUUCUUAAACCUACAAGAGACAUCUCACUCUGCCUUCCUAAAUCGAGUUUACUCCUUUCGGCCUUUCCUGAAUUUGGUGACUCUUGUCAUCAGUAAUGACUACCGAGAACUGUAGUGUGCAGAUAUGUUGCCCUGCCCUUUUUAAAAUUUUAUUUUCAUUUUUGUAUUCGGAGAUUUUUUUUUUUCUGGUACUUUUUUACUUCCUACGCCUUGUCUUCUCCCUUGGUUUUUACCUUUGGAGCUGCCUUGCUCAUCUUUAUGCCCCAGUGCUAGGUAGGGGCCCAGCACAUGGUAGGCACUCCAUCAGUGUUUGUUGAAUUGAGAACAUCGUUGACUCUGGCUUCUGUCAGGGUGUUUAUCUUUUGCAGUUCAUCCCGUCCCUUUUAAUUUGCUGCUUCUAAUCUAUGUGGUCUGAGAAUUUUGUGAAACCAGUGUUGUUAGAAGUGUAUGUAACCUGAGUCAAUAAGCUCUGAAUGGUGGCCACGGGCCUCUCCUAUGGCAUUAGAAUGCAUGGACUUUGUGACAGCGCUUUCAGUGGCUCAGAAGCCAUUCUUCACAGAAUCAUGGAAUCUAGUUUUCCUGCUGAAAAGGACCUAAAAGUUGGUUAAGACCAAUCCCCUGGUUUUCCAACAGAUGAAACAGUAACAGAGAGGUUAUAUGACUGGGUCGAAAUCACAUAGCUGUCUGGUGCCAGAGCUAGCCUAGAGUAGAGUUCCCUGACCCCAAGCCCGGUGCUCAUUCCACUACCUCUCACACUUCACAACAUUUUCCUCAACACUUGAGGGCCCAGAAAGUCUGCUCUUUCCAGAAUGAGCCCAGGGGAAUGCUAAGACAUCAUCUGGGGGAGGAAGCAAAAGAUUUGGCAGGGGCUUCAGAACACUUGGGAGAUAUGGAAGGGACAAAGGAACACAAUCCAGGGUGCACUCUGAUGCCCGGGUACCACAUCUGGAUUAAAGUGGUCCAGGUCUUUGUGACCUUUCCCCUCCCCAGUCAUCACCAUCAGUGAGAAGUAGAAGCCCUCCUGAGUAAAGAAAGGUUUACGUUUGCACCUUAGCUUCAGUAGCCAGAGCCCCUAGAGAAGCAGCUACCUGGAGCUCAUCUGCAACCUCCUGGCUCACAGGAGAAAAUGGAAUUCUACGUGAGCUGUUAACUCUAAAAUGUACUUGUUAAAUAGGCCAAGCGAGAGGGCAUUGGGUCUACUAAGUGUUACCGAGUUAAAGUAGAAAAGACAGUACACUGCUUUUCUUACUGUUUUUGUCUUUGCUUUAUGUUUUGCUAUUUCCUUGUGGCUUAGAAUGUAAAAUUGAUUUGUUUAAAGUUUUGUUCUGAAUAAAUAUUUAUCUUUUGUAUUGCUAA